AUGGCGCCUGCAGCUCUGACGGGCUUCCUUGCUCUGUGUGCCUGGCUUCUGCUGACAUCUGGCUUUGCUGGAGCCGGCAAGCUGCUGGUUGUACCCAUGAGCGGGAGUCACUGGCUCAGCAUGCGUGUCGUGGUGGAGAAACUCAGCCAGAGGGGGCACGAGGUGGUGGUGGUUAUGCCCGAGGUGGGUUGGCACCUGGACAAAUCCCCCAACUACAUGGUGAAGACUUACUCAACUUCUUACAAAUUGGAGGACCUGAAUCGUGAGUUCUUGGUUUUCACUAAUGCUCAGUGGAAAAGUCAGGACUCCAACUUAUUUUCUUUAUUGACGAGCCCACUCAAUUCUUUUUUUGAAUACAUUUUUUCGCAUUGUAAGAGUUUGUUUAAUGAUGAGAAAUUGAUAGAGUUCUUAAGAGAAAGUGCUUUUGAUGCAGUGUUUACAGAUCCUUUUGAUAUGUGUGGCUUAAUUGUCGCCAAGUAUUUCUCACUCCCAUCCGUGGUCUUCACCAGGGGACUAUUUUGUCAUUUUCUUGAAGAAGGGGCACAGGCCCCCAGUCCUGUUUCUUAUGUUCCCAGGUUUCUUUCCGGAUUUUCAGAUACCAUGACUUUCUGGGAGAGAGUGAAAAACCAAGUAUCUCGUUUGGGGGAGCAAAUGCUUUGCCACAAUAUUCUCACAAGUACUUUACAAAUUGCUUCUGAGAUUUUGCAACAGCCGGUCACAGCUUAUGACCUCUACAGUCACACGUCCGUCUGGUUGUUACGAACUGACUUUGUUUUUGACUAUCCCAAACCUGUGAUGCCCAACAUGGUCUUCCUUGGAGGCAUCAACUGUGAGCAGAGAAAGCCUCUGAAGCAGGUGAGUCACUUCUCCUUGAGGUCAUUAUGA